AUGAUGGAAACCUCAGCACCAUCUUCUAUCAAUCCCAAUGAGAUAACAACAAAGAGAAGGCCGAAGCAAGCUUUCAGAUUCUUUGGAGCAACAAUGUUCACGUUAUUUGUCUCAAAACUAGUGCAAAAAAACAUCAGAUCUCGUAAAUACCGACCCUUACCCUUUCAAUCAAAAAGAAUAAGGGCGUUGACGGCAGCAAGAGGUGAAGCAGCUAGUGCGCUUUUAUUGGCUACCGGAAUCACUACCGGAAUAGCUGCUAUGUCCAUAUUUGGGGCUUGUUGGAUAUUAAAUAUCACCACCCUGGAUGAUUUUGCAAGAAGGUUAAAUAAAUGGUCUGGUGUUGAUAAGACUGUUUUAGAAAAUUUAGAUAAUGCUAGUGAUGAGAUCACAGAUGCAAGUACCCAAGAAUUUGAACGACAAAUUGAAGAAUAUUUUGGAGAUAAGAAGUAA